AUGGAUCUGGAAUGGGACUUCAGUGACCACCGUUUCCUGGUAAUUGAGCAGAGCCAGUCCACCCAGAACCAUCCUCCCAGCAUGGCUGAUGAAGUUAAGGGACUGGUUGGUAUUGGUCAGAUCCUGGGAAAAUAUGGGAAAACCAUUGGCUUGAAGCAAAUCCACGCUCUGUCCAUCCAGGGGAACUAUGAGAUGCGCAUUGACUUGGAGGACUUUGAGAACGGCACGGCCUUCGCCCACUAUGGAACCUUUGGUGUGGGCCUGUUCUCCGUUGACCCUGAUGACGAUGGAUACCCGCUCACCGUAGGCGACUACUCAGGCAACGCCGGAGAUGCCUUGCUGAAGCACAAUGGCAUGAAGUUCACCACCAAGGACCAAGACAACGACCACUCAGAGAACAAUUGCGCCUCGUUCUACCACGGCGCCUGGUGGUACCGGAACUGCCACACCUCCAACCUGAACGGGCAGUACCUGCGUGGUCAGCACACGUCCUACGCCGACGGCAUCGAGUGGUCUUCCUGGACCGGCUGGCAGUACUCCCUCAAGUUCUCCGAGAUGAAGAUACGGCCCACCCGCGACGACAGCAAAUAAGACAACGAGGGAGUGACGGAGAGAUGGAGAAGGGAUGGAGUGGAGGGGAUAAAUAGAGAGAGAAAGGGAAAACACUGGGAGGAUGAAAAGGAAUUGUUAUGUCAUAAAAAUGAAGCGUCGGAAAGCCCCAACUGUGACAGCUAGACUGUGUACUUCCUGUCUUUGUUGUGUUUCUCUGACUCAAAUGGAUCUCUUUUAUUGGUUGAUGAUUCCCUGCUAUUUUCUUUGUUGAUCUGCCCCCCUUCCCAACCAUUCCCACAUACAACCCCACACACCCCAAUCCAGUGUCCAAACAAAGUUUGCUUUGCUGCUAUGUUUCUCGGUUUUGAUUGGUUCCUUCUCAGUGACCUUCAUAGCCUUACUGUCAAUUCACACACUAACACACUAUCCACUUCAGGUAGUCAUUAUUUCUUGUCAGUAAGUACUGUGUGACCCCAAACGUCAAAAUAAUGUAUCCACUUUGAGCACUUAAGGAUCCUUCAGACCCACAACCAUUACUAUAAUAAUGAUACAGUAGUGUUUGUGUGCGUGUAUGUGUGUGCGUGGUCAGGAAAGCCUGUCCUCCAUUUUGCUCUUUUCUGAGCUAGGAUAGGAGAGAAGAGGUGAAGUGGACAGGGAAACCCAGGGUAGGAGAGGAGAGAUGGCAGGUAGGGAGAGAGGCCAGUUCUAGUCUCUCAUGUGAACAACUUGUGUGGUGCAAAGGUUACAUUAGCAGACUAGUAGACUAGGGGACAUCAAACAAGUCAGAUGUUUUAUCCAGAUGUCAUUCUAAAUCCAUCACCAUAAUGAUAUCUUUAAAAUUGAACUAUACUGUAUAUUUAAAAGGUAGGAGUGUUGAAUCUGCAGACUGUCUAGCUAGCUAGCUAACAUUAGUUUGUAGGCUUGACUGCCUCUAUGGCUAAAAUGAUAUGACCGAGCAAGCAAGGCAGUAAAUUAUGUCUGUUUAACAAAGUAAGUGUCACCAUUCAUAUUACGUAAAGUAUUUGCUGUCCACUGCUGGUGGGAAAAAGCAAAUCAAAUGUCAUCAUAGCCAGGAGUGUCAAAUGUCACAAGAUCGAAAGUAAGUAGUAAAUCCAAAACUGCAAUGCUAGAGCCUCAAAUCUGUCAGAAUUGCACAUUGUCUGUAGGAUAAUCGUACCACGUAAAAGAGUGCUUACCAAGCAACAUAAGUUAGAAGAAGUUAGAACUGGUACUGGUAUUUUCUGUGUAAUUUUUCCACUGGCUGAGCAAAAUAAAUAAAAAAGAUCUUAACUUUUGGGGAGAUGAGACGAGAGGAGAGGUUGGGGAGGAAGGAAGGACAGAAAAUAAUCAGAGAAAAGUUAGAAAUAAAGUAAUCUAUUUCUAGUAAAAAAUACUAGAAAACAAUAUUUGGAGUAGAGAGACAAUUCCCCAUGCUCCUGAACGCCCCAUGCUACCGUACUUGUAAUUGAAUGCAUGCCAUAUAGAAUUGUACAGUAUGAUGGAAAGACUGACAAAGAGAGAGAGAGUUACAGACAAAGAGAGAAGUCGGUGAGGAGGUGAAUGAGAGGAGACCAUUAUCUAUCUGUCUGAGGCCAUUAGGAAGCAUAUUGGGCACUUUGUCUGGUCACCCUGCCAGCUGAUCACCAGCCAACACACACAGCACACACAGAUGGCUGUGUGAUUAAGUGUGUGUGUGUGUGUGUUUGCCACUCUCUGCCCUCAGUGACGGAGGCACAGUGAAGAUCUGAGCCCAGAGACACUUGGUCUCAGAGAUCUAAAAAAACAAAACGCCCCCCCACACACAUAAACACACACAGGCACAAACACACACGACAGCACUGACCCUCAAUCCCCCUUUAUCCAAACUUCAAUACCUCACUCUCCCCACCUUUUUUCCUCUACACCCCUCUCACACUAUGGCUCAUAUUUUUAUUUUUAUUUUUUCCACUUCUUUGACUCCGCCCCUGGUUGGUGGGUUGAGGCUGCGAUGGGCAUGUGGGGAAUGUCCUCACAAUAGCAGUUAAAAAGAAACGCAGUUUGCCUAAACAUGAUUUUCUUGUCAAAAAGAAC